AACAAUGACAACAACAAUAAGUAAACAUGACUUACAACUACAACAGCAACAACAACAACAACAGCAACAAUUGUUACUACUACAUCAGCCGGAGCAUGCGCAGCAACCGCUACAUGUGCAUUACACAGACCAACAACAACAACAACAACAAGCAAUUUUACAAAAACAGCACCAUUCUUCACACUUAUUAAAAUCUACAACCAAUAAAAGUUUGUUAAUUAAUAAUACCGUUAGUAGUUUAGUCGACAACACCACAAAUAUUUACGAUUUAGACGCUGCGACCGCAACGCUGACAGCAGCAACUGCAACUGCUGCAACACCGUCGGCUAGCAUCACAACAACAACCACAACAACUACAACACGCUUAGAUAGUUCAACCGCGAUUAUACAAAUAGAUUCAUUAAACAACAACAACACAACUAGUUUAAGUGCCACAACCAACGCCAUCACAACCGCCACCACACCGACCAACAAUAACGGCUGCGUGUUGAUACCAACCAGCGAUGCCAGCGCCGAGACGGAACCGAAAGCUCAAAAGCGUCGCUCAUUGCUCAACUUCAAAUCGUUCGAUUUUCACAUCAAAUCUCUAUAUUCGGGCUUGCGUAACGGCAACAAACAUUCGCACUCCCAAUCGUCUUCGCUGGGCGGUUGCGGUGGUGGCAGCAAAAGCGGCGGCGGCGGCGGCGGUAGCGCUGGCGAGGGAGAUGGUAGAACCGAUAAUGCGAAUGGUAGCGGUUUACUGGACGCCGCCACGCCGUUGGGGAGCCGUGGCGGCACAGCCAUCAACAAUCGUAUGCCGCCCUAUCUGAAGAUCGAAUCGGUCGAUGCUGAGGAAGCGGAGAAUCUACUGCUCGAUUAUCCGCAAUCACCGUACUCGUCGCGUCGCAAUAGCUCACACGAAGACGACAAUCAUUCCAGUUCGCAGCUGUUGCACAUCAAUCGUUACGACAUGUGUUCGCGUUCGCAGGCCAGUUCGCCCUCGCCGUACUACCUGUCGCCGUAUGCCAUCGAUUCGGGCAAUAUACGACGCUCCUCUACGUCGGACAUUAUGUCGUGCAAGCGCAGCGGUACAUCCAGCGCGAGUGAUAGCCGUCGGCCGAGCACGAGCGAUCUGUUGCGGAAGGCGCGUGAACGGCGCGGUAGCGAGGCGCGAAUGGGCCGCAGCGUUUCGCAUAGUGGACUGCCGCGUGGUGGAUCCCGUAUGGGUGCGGGUGGCGGCGGCGGCGGCGGCGGUGGACGGCGUACGAGUAUGGCAUUUUAAAUAAUAUUAUGCAACAAUAAAGUGUGUUAAAAUAAAAGGUAAAAGGUAGUCGAGUAUUUCUAUGCGUUCGCAAGCGCAGUGGACUUUGUCGAGUCAUGUGUAUUCUUGAUGCUCUUGUACAUCGUUAUGCAAUUAAGUGCUUAUGAAUUUUUAAAAUUUAAUUAGAAAAAAUUUAAAAUUAUCGUAACAUAUAACUAGUCAAGUAUUUAUAAUUAUAAAAUAGCUUAACCAUUUAUUAAAUAAUAAUUAAAGCUUAAAUUAUAACAAUAAAUUAUUCAGAAAUAAACAUUAAUGCGAAAAUUUAAUACAAUAAAAAUAACUAAAAUUUAAUAAUAAUAUCAAUACAUAAACACACACAUUUCAAACACACUCGCUGACAAAUAAAUUUACAUAACAACACUUUUUCUCACCAAAAAAAAUUUUCACAAUGGUAAAGUAGCCAAAUCUCUACAAUAAAAAGCACCGUCACUUAUUAAUUUACCUAUUAUCGGAGACACAUUACCUACUGCAAUCUUUUAACCGAUUUUAUGUAUAAGUUAUCCUAAAAUAGUCAACUUAUCAAUAGUUAUUUUGCUUUUCAGAAAAGUGGAAAAUAUGGUUCCAAAGGUUUGCUUCGUACCUAGAAACUCUUCUCAGUGAGAAACAUGUGAGCUCAGUAAAUACAUCAUGUUACUUUUUUCUCUAUAUUUUCCGGUGAUCAGUGAUCAAUUUGACCCUAAAUUCCUUACGUUUAUAUGGAAGUUGUCUUAGUCAAUAACUUUAUGUUUCAUAACCUCUGAUCUAUAUAGCCUGCGGCGUUACAGGAUAGCACAGGUUUACUGAUUUCAAGCACAAUCGGUACCAUGAUAAAAACUUGAUAGUUACAUUUUCAAUGCUACCUGUACAUUUCAAGAUAUGCCAAGGGUCAUCAAAGUACCAACUUUUAGACCCCUACUACGGAUUUCAAGCCGACUGCAUUCAGCUCGAUCAAUCAAAUGUCGGUUGAAGUGCUGUCAAACCUCAACUUUUUUUUGGUAUACGGUUUACAAAUCUGUAACAAAAACAUUAAUUAAUAUUUUUUUACAAGAAUAUACAAUUUUUGCAGCCUUUUGCUUCUCUUCAGUUACCAAUCAUCAAAUUUAAAAGCUUUUUGCUGUUUAAUUAUCGCUCAAGUCUUAAUUUUUCACGUUGGCAACAUCAAUCAAACUUGGACCGAAAACAGUUGGAAAUCGUAGUACCAACAAAUAGUUGGACUGAUAUGUACUGGAAUUGCCUCAACUUCAAUUCAAUCGAGUGAAGUGGAAAACCGUAAUAGUAAUAUCUCUAUCCCUUUCAUUACCUUACUUUUGAAACUUUCUUGAAAGAGGCAUAAACUAUGGACCAGUUUUACCUAAUGCCUUUACAUUUUUGUUACGCAAGUCCCAAUUUGAUGUGCAACCAAAGACGAGUUUAUUGGUAAUAAUAUGCUUUCAAAAUAUGUGACCUGGUCUCCGAAAAGGGGGCUUAGGUGUCAAAAAAAAGGAGAACAAUUAAUGAGAUAACGAGAAACUGACGAUUAUUUUUAACAGCUUUUCCCAGAAAACUAGUUUUCGCACGUUAGCCCCCUUUUCGUAGACCAGGUCACAUAUGAUGUUUUUUUACAAUGGGCACUCUGUCUUGAUGCCCAGACUAUUGGGUUUGCUCAGCUGUCUCAUAAAUAGAUAAAGCAUGGCUAUUGUGUUUACCUACGUAGUAGGCCAAUUUUAAAUGUUCAUUACCUAUAUAUAUGUAGUAAAACACAUUUUAAACUUUGCAAAAAAACUGUCUAUAAAUAUAUUCAUGACGUCGCAUUACCUCUUGGAAACUAAUUAACCAAAUCAUGGGCAUCGGGCAACCAGACAAUUUGUAUACCAUAAGGAGGGUUAAGGUUGCCACGAAGCUUGUAAUACGAACGAAAUGUCAGGGAGCCUAUAAAAUAAAUGCAUAAAUGAUCAGCAAGGCGAGUUCAGUCGAUCUUUCUCUCUUCUAUAGUAUACAGCUGCAUUACGAACUGAACGAUCUGAAUAAAGGGCUUGUAUGGGAAGCUUUGGAUUUGAAGAGAAAUCUUAAAGAAAUUCGGUAUGGGCUAUUACCCAAAGCAAUAGCUGUUGUACAAACUGAACUAUCGAAAUCAAGUGGUUGUAUGGAAAAAUUAUCCAUUAUCUUCUUGUAAGCUAAAAUAAGUCUCUGUGAGGGGUUUUAUGGCUUCGGUGCAAUCGAAGUUAACGUUUUUUAUUGUUUUGUUUGUAGAUCUGUGUACUUGUUUUGGUUUGAGUUCGCUUUUAACUUUUCUUUCGAAAUAUGAACAUUUAUAGUCAAUCCAUCUUAAGAGAUUAUAAACAGUUAGAAAGCCAAAAAAAAGCAAGUUUUCGAGAACUUGUUCUGAGAAAACUUUUAAACUUAUGGAUCCAAAUUUUUUUAUUUUUUAUCCUCUAAGACUUAGUAUUAGUAUUAGCUGAUCUCCGGGAGCUACUCUUAAAAAGACGUUUUGGGGUGACCACUAUAACUCUGAACUUAAUCCUCUGAAAUAAAGAAACCAAUGAUAUUAAGGAUGGAAUUAAAGAAAAUAAAAUCUUUUUUCCUACGUGACGAGAAAAUAGUGGCAGAAACUGAGCAAAACAUUACACAAAGGAAGCAAAUAUACAUAGUGUGUCUGUGAUUAUUCUGUGGUUAGGUAGUGACAAUAUUGAGAACUUUUUGAUGAAUAUAAUUAUAUGUAUAUAAAUUGUUUGAAUAAACAAAUGGCAGUUUGUAAAAAAAAUUGAGUUUUGACCAACAUUUCAGGCUUAAAUUGUUAAAAAAAAUACUUAACGCUGAGAAAUAAUCUCCAAUUAAUUACUAAAAAAAUAUAUCUGAAAGCCCGUGUUAAAAUAUGAGACUAAUCGGUUUAGCCGUUUUCGAAUAAUGUUGGUCACCGACUUUUGAAACUUCAAAAAUAUUCCCCGGGACGAUAUGAAAUUUUCUGUGUGUAUUCUGAAAUAUAUGCACAUUAUGAAAAUAAAACUCCUCAACCCUUUCUUUCGAAAUAAGCACAUUUAUAUGCCAUAUUGCUUCAAAAACUCCUUGAAUAUAAUUAAAGUGUUAAGAUUUUGUUCAAUAAAGUAUACAAUUACCGGAAUAAGCUUUAUUUCUCAAGAACCUAUAGACGCUAAAGGUAAGAGCUGAGUGAGUUUGUCAUCAGAUUACUUGAUGUUUUUAUGUUUUUAACUUUAAAUCACCGACUUUUAAGUUCACGCAACAAAAGACGAUUUUUUUCCUAUUCCUAUAAACAUACAUUUACAACUGCUUCGAAGACAAUAUAAUAACAAAUACCGGUAAAUAGCAGCUGCAACCGUUUGGUAAAUAUUGCGCAUGAAAUGGAACUAAAACAUGAAUACUUACAGUUAUAUAUUUAUUAAAACAUAUUGAACAAACACUAAAAUUAAAUUUCGCCAUAAAAUACAACAACUGAAAACACUCGCAAACGAAAUCAAGCCAAAUAUUUAAUGCUAACUAUUAAUAAAAAAAUUAAUUAAAACAUAACGUAAAACCUACAAACUAAAUGCGGUUAGACGCCAAACCCAACACAUUUCGCUGUUUCUUUGAACAUUCAGACAUUUUUGUUAACCUUCAAACAGAGUAUGUAAAGGAACAAUUCCAAUAUUUUUGUUUCUAACCUCACCUUAAGAAUCUCUGCUUUCGAACCCGUUUCCAACUAUUAAAAAAUAAAAUUAAAAAAUAAAUCACAAUUUCAAAAUUUUAUAAGGGAAAAUUCUUUGUUCUAAGAACAGUCUAAAUAGAGAUAUAAAUAAAUAGAAAAUAAAAAAAACUGUAAAUUAAAAAAUAAAAAUUUUAAAACGUUGUGACGACAUUAUAAGCAAGCAAAUUCUCGAAGUACACAAAAUUCUACAUAAAAAAAAUUAAAUUACGAAUAAAUGCCUAAUUUACGAAACACAUAGCAUUUCAAUAGCAUGAAAACAUACACACAACGUAACGGCAUAAAAAUUAAGAGCAAAUUAAUUUUUUCAUUUAAAUUGUUAACACUAAAAAUAUAGCAAAACCAACAAGGAUAUUAAACAAUUAAAUGCUUAAAAAAAAUUAAAAAAAAAUAUAGAUAAGGAUUUAAUUAAAGCUAUGCAUAAACAUUUACACGUUCUUUCUCACAUACGGACUGUGAUUUCAAGUAAAAUAAUAACAGUUGAUUAUUAGCGCCUACACUAACCAAAACAAAUACGAAAACCGAUUAAUAAAUAAAAAAUAAUAACAAAUUAUAAUUAAUAAAAAAAUUAUAAUUAUAAUUAUAAAUAAUAAAAAAAAUAAAAAUUAUAAUUAUAAUUAAUAAAAAAAAUAGCAAAUUAUAAUUAUAAUUAAAAAACAAAAAUUAUAUACGAAUAAUAUUUGAAAAAAAAUAAGGAACAGAAAAAUUUGUUUUAAAAAAAAAAAAAUAAUUUCAUUAAGCUACGUAAGCACAGUGUGUAAGAAAAGUGAAAUAUUGACACACAAUAUUUUUGGCUAAUAAAACGGAGCGCCUAACUCAUUUGCUCUAGCGUUAAAAUUGUUAUUAACAAAAAAACUUUAACAUUAGUUUUAGUAAAAAAAAUUGUCGUCAAGUAAGCGCAUGAUAUCAGCUAACGUUAAAGCAGUCAAGAAAGUUGUUCAAUUAACGAAAUUCAUGAAAACAUAUUAUUAAUAUUAAUAAACAAAUAUUUUAGUUGCGUUUGCCUUAUACUUAACAAAUGUAGUGAUUAUUAAAAAUAUGAAAAAUUCAAAAUAAAAGCAAAUAAAUUAAAAAAUAUAAGCGAAAUCAAAAUCUCUCAUGAAUCAUACAAAAAAUAUAGAAAAAACUUCACUUUCUUGUGAAGUGUUGAUUUGUUAUUGGGAAAACUCCGUCCUGAGGCGUCAAGCGUAUGAAACUUAUAAAUACGAACGUUUGCUUAAUGAUUUUUAGUAAUUAAUUACAAUUGGGUUUGAUUCGUUUUACAUUUAAUAAUUCAGUUUUCGUUGUUGUUGUGACAUAAAAUAUUGCUUAAAUAGUUUUGGGAAAUGUUGCUGAGAGUUUGGUGGAGAUGACUCUACCAUUGAACUUUUUGCUACAAAUGUGUUAGUAUUUAACUUAUAACUGCAGUACGAGGGUGGCAACUCUUCGCAAAAAAAUUUCUACUAAAAAUUUUCCCAAACUUCUUUAGUUCGAGAGCUACAUAUAUUGUAAGGAAUUGUAUGGUAUAUAAUAUUCGUUUACUAAUUUUUUAAACAGGUGAAACUCUGAACACGGUAUAUUUCUCAACAAGUCACGGCUACUGAAACACUGAAAUAUUGGAAGAAUUUAUCAUAAGGUCUUUAUGUAAGAAAGGAAUGAACCAUCACACGUACACAAGACUUUCGGUUAGAGUCACCAAUUUGGUGUCAAGAAACUCAUAGAAAGUUUAACAGCAAUGUUGUUGUAGCGACAGAAUUAUGCCGAGUUAAUAGUCCUUGACGGGAUAAAAAAUCCGGGUCCGUUCCGGUUACGUAGACCCAACUGUCGUGGGAACGGCUUUAAUAAAAUCCAUACUUUAACACCAAUCUCAGGUAGCACAUUUGGUUAAUUAACCGGUGAUUUCAUAGAAACUUUAACCGAAAUCUCAGGUAGCGAUAUUGGGUAACUAAACGGUAACUUAACCGAUAUGUCGCUUGCUUGGGAUUCAACUAAAAUUCUUUGUGAUCUCUUUAGUUCGAUAACAAUAUUUACGUGAUUAAGCAUUCAAUAACUUUAUUCCUACUUUAAUUUUUUUACAUUAUACUGAAUUAAUUUGAAACCUCAUUUGGAACCAGCUAGCCUUCUAAUCCGAUUGAAUCUUGGGGAAUAUGGUUAAGUGACUUUGACGAUCUAGUCUACCUUCCACUUACGGAUAAUCGUUAACACCUAUUUUCCUAUAGUUCAGAAUGUUUCUACUUAAAAUAUUCCAUAACUUUAUCUGUUAAGUUCCUACCGUGUUCGAGUGGCGAGAAAAUAGUAAAAGCAACUGAGUCAAACAUUGAGCAAAGAAAGCAAAUACAUAUGUCUGUGAUUCAUCUGUGGUUAGGUAGCGACAAUUGUGAGAACUUGAAUCAAAUUAUAUGUAUGUAAAGUGUUUGAAUAAACAUUUUUCGUUUCAAAUUAUAUUUUUGGUGUAUUGGUUCAAUAAUACAGGCAUAUUUAUAGGUUCAUUAUUCCCCCCCAAGUUAAUUAUUUUUUUGUAAAACGAUCCCUGAAGUUUCACUUUUUGUCAUAAAAAAUGGUUUCAACGUAGACAAAUAGUUUAUUCUCAAUUUAGGCCGUGUCGAAAUAAUUUUAACUUUCCCAUAAAUUUUAUAUGGGACUUUUGAAAAUAUGCAAUAACGUUUUUUUUUUUUUUCAAAAGCAAAUUUAUCUACAAAUUUAAGACAUUUUAGUACACAAUUUUUCGCUCUACAAAAAAGUACAAAUGGUAUGAUGAUGAAGUUAUACGCAGUUAAAUUUAUGAAUUGAAUGUACUGUAUUCGUAUGGUACACCAUGUCGUAUGAGCAACACUUAGCAAUGUACAAAUCACUUGUAUGACUGCUCAGUUCAUUUGACCUAAAACUUUAAUUUUCAUAUUUUUUAUUUUAAAAGGAAAUUAUUUGAUUAGAAAUAAUCCUUUUUGUGGAGCGAGAAAUCUUAUACUAGAACUACAAUUUUCACAAAGUUUCAGAUUUACUUGUUUAAUGCAAAUUAUCAAAAAAUCGCAUAUUAUAAAUUUCAUGCCAGUUGUUGUUGUGUUUAUAGCAGAAAAAAUUCGUAUAGUAAUUUCGAGGAAUAAUGCCGAAAUGACAGUCAUUGGCCCGAUAAAAAUCCGUAUCGAUUCCGGUUAAUUGGACCCGAUUGUCGUGAGAACGACGUGCUAGUAUUUAGGUACGGUGUUUUGAGGGCACAAUAGACCUUAAGUCGCGGUGCAAACCUCAUUUACUUCUUUAAUCUAAUGCAGGUACGGUUUUAUUUGAAAACAAAGCGUUUGUUUACGUUAAAUUCUUUUAUUUUUGGGAUAAAAAUUGAGACUUCAGGAAGCGUUUGCAAAAACACAAUCAACUUUGGAAAUGAGCACUCAUAUAUGUAUAUCUGCUUAUUACACGCUAGUUGCUUACCUUCUUAUGUAUGUGACUGCAUAUUUUUAGUUUAUUGAUUUAUGCACCAUUGCCAACAUUGAAUUUUAUUUAUUAUUCUUUAUUUCACUUCACAUCACCAAUUUUUGUGCAAAUUUUUAUUUUUGUUUAUUCGUUAAUUACUUUUUAAUAAUUUUGAAGUAUGCGUGUAUAUAAAAUAUUUAAAUAUUUUACUAGAUUUUCGUAUUGUACAAUACACUUCGACAUCUAUAAAGAUAAAAUAAUAAAAAAUAUAAUUAAAGAAAUUAAGUACUAUAACUUAUGUACAAACCUUUACAGAAGUUUUGUUUUGCUUAUUUUAUCAAGAAUAUGGGAAAAAGAUGGUACUCAAAGUUUCUAGACCUGCAAUUAUAAAAACAAAAAUAUUAAAUCAAUUAAAAACAAAAAAAUAAAUAUAAAAACAUUUAAAUUAUUAUUACUAUUAAAAUUAUUACCAUAAAUUAUUAUUAUUGUUACAAUUAUUACCGAAUAACGUAUAAAAUGAAAUUAAAUGAGAAUAAUAUAAAAAUUUCGAAUUAUAUUUUAUAUUAUACUGCCUUAUGCAAGUUAUUUAUAUAGAAAAAAUUAAACUUUUUUUUUAUAAUUUGCCUCAAGGUCUUCAUAGAAAAAUAUCGAACUAAUUAUAUUAUAUAGCAACAUUAUAACAAUAGAAAAGAAAAUGUAGUUGACUAAAUUAAGAAAUUUAAUUAUUAAAAUGAAAAAUUAUAAAUUUAAUUAUUUUAUAAUAAAAUUAAAAAAAAAUAGAAAUUUUGAUUAUUGAAAUUACUAUUAUUAAAAUUAUUACAAUUAAAAUUAUAAAUUUAAUUAUUUUAUAAAAAAAAAUAAAAAUUUCCGAAAAUGUAAAUUGCUUUUGCUCUAUAAUUUAACGCAGAUAAUACGAGAGUGCUGCUUAACCCACGCAUAAACGCUUUUUUCUUUACUAACGCUUAAGUUUUGGAAAAACAUUGUAACAUUGACAAAAUACGCGUAUACAUAUGUACAUAAACAUAAAGUUACAACACGAAAAAAAUUGUCAAACCGAGAAACGGCGAAGAAAUGUAAAUAACACAGACAUCUAACAACAAUUGAGGCAAUAUUGAACAAUAAAUAACACAUUUUCGAAUCCAUUUUGCAUUCUAACGCAUACAUACAUAUAUAGAUAUAUUCACAUUUCUAGUUUCGCCAAGACGAAGCCGUAAAGCCAUAUUUAAGAAAGCGCUAAAGCAAAAACGUAGCAAAACGAAAAAAAAACUAAAAAAUUAUCAAAUUAAAAGCAAUUUUUCAACUUACACUUCACUAAUACAUAUAAACUUGCAAUUUAAAUAAUAAAUAUGCAAUUAAACUACAUAAAAUUGAGAACUAGAAAACCGAAUGCAAAGCAUUACAUUUUACUUUAUAAUCUAAGUGCAAUAAGAAGCUUAAGUCUUUGAAUUAAUAGUAAAAAGUAGUGUAUUUAAAAUUUAAUUAAGUGCAACACUUAAAUAAUAAGCUGGUUAAGCGAUGAAAUUUGAAAUUAUGCAAGUGCCACAUGUUACAUGAGCGAAAACAUAAUAGAAAACAAAAACUAAAUAAAUAAAAAUCUAAAGCAAAAUGCUUGCGUCAUUAAAUAUUUGCUUAUUCGACAAAAACAAAAAACACAAAACUGAACUGUUAAAUUUGAGCGGAGUGCGUUAUCGCAGAUAAUAACAGUAGGAAUAUAUGCCAGUUUUAAAAUUAUUCAUAAAAUUGUUUAGCCGCGUAUAAGAUUAAUAUAAUUAAUAAUAAAAUAAAAUCACAAAACAACAACAACAACAAAAUAA